GUGAAACAGAUAUUAUCUACAAUGAAGAAUUACAUCCUGCUUCAUAUAAAACUACAAUAAUGCGCUCAGUAACUCGUGAUAUAAUACAUCAAUGGUUUGGUAAUAUCUUCAAACCAUUUUGUCGAUCUCAUCGGUUAUUAAACGAAGGAUUUAUUAUGUUUUUCGAGAUACAUGUCAUCGAAAAGGUCUUUCCAGAUUCUCAAAUAACAGAUUUGUUGAUAGUCCAAACUCAACAAGAUGCUCUUUAUCUAAACUCUUAUACUGCUAUGAACUUUUUUGCAAAAGACACAAGCAGUAUAUCUGAAAUUUAUUCACAUUUUUGUUUUUCUCAUAUGCUAGGAACCGCUUUAUGGCGCAUGUUGAAUAGUGUACUUCCUCGCAAUUCAUUGUGGAUAAAUUUAAAUGAAUAUUUGAACACUCGAUUUACUUAUUCUAAUUUGGGAACUCCCGAUGAUUUAUGGAGUUUAAUAGAGACUGGUGUACUCCGUAAAUUAAAAAAUAAACUAUAUAAUAAUCUAAACAUAAAACAGAUAAUGGAUAUUUGGACUACACAAACGAGUUGUCCUGUGGUAAACGUGAUACGAGAUUAUUCUCAUAAGUACGUAAAAAUAUCGAAAGAGAUUGACGGCAAAUUGGAUCAGAAACCAUAUUUUAUACCAGUGAGCUAUACUAAAGAAACGAACAUCGAUUUCGUUAAUAUCUCGCCACAAAGAUUCGAUUAUUUAACGCAAUCGAAUCCCGAGAUAAAAAUCGACUAUGAUAAUGAAGAUAAAUGGUUUAUUGCUAACAUAUUGCAAACUGGAUAUUAUCGUGUCAAUUAUGACACCAAAAACUGGCGAAUGAUUGCGCGUUAUUUAAACUCUAAUAAGUAUAGCAAUAUACAUGUUAUCAGUCGAGCACAAAUUAUCGAUGAUGCAUUCCAUCUUGCGAUAGAGAAAAAGCUUGAUUUCUCCAUAUUCUGGGAACUCGUGAGCUACCUAUGGCGAGAAAGCAAUUAUGUAGCAUGGUAUCCUAUGAUUAAAAUUUUUGAACGCAUAUCCGGUGCUUUGGCAUUUUCAACAACUCAUGAAUAUUUUGAGGAAAUAAAAAUGAAAAUAGAAAGCUUGUUUAAAUAUGUGAACAAGAAUAUGUACAAUCAAAAUAGCCCUAUCAUACUCUUGAACGACGAUCUUAACAAUCAUUUAAAACAAGAACUCACAAAAUGGGAUGUUUCAUCAAUAAUUCCUUGUGCGUGGAGAUGGCCAAAGAACAAUAUGAAUGGUAUUUAAAAGAUAUUAAAACUAACAAACUUUUGCCUGGGUGGAAAAAAUUGAUAUCUUGUAAUAGUUUAAAGACUGUUAACUUUAGUGUAUGGAACGAUGUAUGGAACAUCGCUGUGAAUGUAUAUAUGAAAACAUUUGAUUAUGAGAUGUUAAAAUUUCUUAGUUGUUCUGAUAAUCCGCAACUCAUAUAUUUUUAUCUGUGGUUUAUUUUAACGACACUUGAAAUAGAAAUAAUUAAAUCUGAUAAAAAUUUUGGAACACCAACGUGGAGAAAGCAGCAUGAUUGUGUUGUAACUGAUAUUGCCCUAUCUACUUUUGCUAUGCAUGCUAAGAAUCCUAUAAUACUUAAAGAAAUAUUAAAGAAUUUUGAAAAUA